UCACCCUCUAACCUUAUAACCUUCUAAGCUUCUCUGCAAAGUAAAUAUGGCAGUCUUUGAAGCAAACAUAAAGAGCUCUCUACAUCUUCGAAGCAACAGCUUACCCUCCACACCGCAUCCUCUUGUAUCACAAUUUGAGGAUAAUUUGCACAGACUAAAGAGUGUUGAAAGUACCUCUACAGUGUCAUCGUCUUCAAUAUGCAACAAACUUAAUGGCACGCAAGAUAUGCAAGACUGCAUUGAUAAGUUACUUCAAUUGCAUUUUGAAAAACUAGCCUUAGCACAAGAGUGCAAUGAAAAUUGUGUCGAUGACCUACUAGAAGGAUCUCUUAGGAUCUUGGAUAUCUGCAGUAUAGCUAAGGAUUGCCUUUUGCUAUCAAAGGAAAACAUUCAUGAACUACAGUCAGUCAUCAGAAGAAGAGGCAAUGAUACUAGAUUCAAAGUUGAGGGUGAAAAAUACAUGGCUUUGAGGAAGAACAUAAAGAAGCAGAUUCGAAAGGCGUUGUUAAAUUUGAAAGCAAUGAAGCAUGAGUUAAUGGCUUCUUCCUCAAACAACAAAAACCAUAACUCUUCGACCAUGUUUGGAAUCUUGAAAGAAGCAGAAUUAGUCACCCUGUGCUCACUAGAACAUCUGUUGCUAUUUAUCUCUGAUCCUAAAGGAUGCACAAAGUACAGAAGAUGGUCAACAAUAUCUAAGUUGAUGCAUUCUAAAAGAGCAGUUUGUGACUCUCUAGAAUCAGAGCCAAAUGAAUUUAAGAAGGUGGAAUCAUACUUACAGUCCCUCAUCAUCUAUGAGUCUUCAUCUACUGAAACUUUUCAAAGUCAUAUGGAAGAUUUGGAGAUAUGCAUUCAAGAUCUAGAAAUAGGAGUUGAACAAAUAUCAAGAAAAUUAAUAAGAAAUAGAGUUUCACUUCUUAACAUAUUCAAUCAUUAAUCGUAGUGUCUAUAUGAUUUUUGCACACUCAAUUUUCCCCCAAGAGUGUUACACAACACAACUGUAA